AUGAGUGCCCCUCCUGGAAACUACGACGAAAAUGGCGAAUACGAUUCCGAAUACGAUGACUACGACUCUGAAUACGACAGUGAGGAAGACUAUGAUGAUGAUGAGGACGGUGGUGCACCACAGCCAGAGGCGGUGAUUUUGCCAAGCGGACCACAAGCGGCACUCUUGGCAACCUUCAUACAACAGAUGCCUCCAGACCAUGCCGAUAUGGAACCCGAACACGACGAUCCUAAUGACGCCACAAAUGCAGGUGCAAAUCGUCGGGCAAUCACCAAGUCACCUCCCGAGCUGUGGAUGGAAUACAUGGAAGAUGUGAGGAACGGGAGACUAAAGGCAUUGAAAAUUACUGAUGAAGGACUGGAAUGGUUUUUGGAUCCCGACUCUACUCUCCCUCCUAUUGAGGGCGUUCCAAGGGAUGCUACGGCGCUCAUCACACAAAUUGGUCAGGCAAUUGAAGGAAGUCCAGGUCUAACGCAAGUUAUUUGGGGACGAAGGGUGUGGCAAUUGGCAUCACCGGCACAGCAGCUAGCAAUCUUGAAUGCACUCGGAACUCGUCAUUCCUCGACACUCACCUACUGGAAGAUGGGAACGGAAGAAAAUGGACUGCCUCUCGGCAGUCCGGCAAUGACUGAAGCAUUGUUGCAGCUGUGGACUAACGGCAAUUUGCAGUGGAAACUUACGGAAAUCGAAUUGAGAGGGUUGGUCUUUGCAUCACAACAGCAAGUGGAUGGGUUGGCGAAUGUUAUUCGGAGUCAGCUGAGUAGAACGAUAAAGCAACUCAAUAUUCUGGGGUUUUUUCUACAUCCAAAGAUGUUGAUGAUCGAUGCUGGUUCUCAGGGAGCAGUCUUUGACUGUUUGAUUCACUCUAUUACCAAUAGUUGCCAAGAUUUGGAUGAAUUGAGACUCUGUCGAUGCGUCACCCCCGACUCCAUCAAUACUGCCCCUCUAAUUCGUCCAGAAGCAUUACAAGAUAUGAUGAAGGCGAAACCAAAGUGGUGGCGCCUCGGACUAGAUGGACUUGGGUUAGACAACCGUCAUCUUCAAGUAUUAUCAACAGCAUUGAAGUCUUCCCCCAGCUGUAAAAUGGGUGAUCUACUUAGCCUGAAGGAGAAUCCACAGCUGACAGACUAUGCAACGCUCAUCAACAUUUCUACUUGCAAAGCGAGGAUGGGAUAUAUCCAGCUGGACGAUCCGUCAUGGGUAGCUACCUCCGAUCUCAUCAGGUCUCUCAAUAACCUUCAUCGAAGAUUGGACUACGUGGUACCAGAAACUGGAGGCUAUCCCAGUAAAUCGAAAUGGAUCGACUGGCUUUCCAAGAUUUCUACAAUUCCAUGGGCGGAUGAUACUAAAAUGAUCAACUAUCUAUGGCAUACUUUGUUGGAGAAACCCGAAUACAUCCAACCCUCCAAACCAGAGCAAAUGGUUGAAGGGUGA